AACCCACUAGCCUAUCGAACUACACUCGUUAUAAUGUGAACAGGAGCGCAUAAUAGAGAGAACAUGACAUGUGUAGUUAUGUAUAUUAUAAAUCAACUAUAUAUGAAGAGAUUUAUGGCAUUCAAUUGAGAGUAUGAAUAAACAAAAGCUAUACGAUACUGACGGCCUACCGAGGGUGGGGGCCAUGUUGUUACCCGGUGUGUUUUUUUUUGUGUCGGAAGGCUAUUUGAAAAAGACAAACAAAACCAAAAACUAGCGCACCUGUCCGCAAUCAGAGCUAAUGGCGCGCGAGCCUCGUCUGGUGCAUAUAUAUUGACGCGCCUCACAAGCUAGUUGGCUGAACAAGAUGGCUACGUAUGGUGACGAGUCAGUCGACAGCUAUUUCUAUUCCUCAUACAACCCGUACGCCAGCAGGUACCACAAGCCCCGAGAUGUGGGUUGGAAAUACAAUAAGUACAUUUCCCAGCACGCGGACAUCGAAGCGUUCAACAACACUCAGCGCGCGCACCUCAGGUCCAUCUUAUCACAAAUCAACCCGAAGCUCACCCCGCGCCUCAGGAAGGCCAACACUAAAGAUGUGGCCAUCCAGGUGAACCCCAAGACCGACGCCUCGGUGCAGUGCGCAAUUGGGCCCCGGACCCUGCUGUCCAUUAAAGGUCAAGGUUCACCGGGCAGUCCGAAAGGCGCAGGCGGCGUGCGAUACCCUCGAACUCUCGCCGUCUACUCGCCUAUCGCGUACAGAUCUAUUACAUCGUUUCUCUCCGAUGACGACAAGGGCACUUCUUGUGACGUGGCGAGUGGAGAACCACUUCUGGAGGGUGAGGCGACGAAGAAUGAGAAUCAGAACAUCAGCGCGGAGACGGAUGAGGAGAAGACCGCUGCCCAGCGCAAAAACAUUAAGUCAAAGCAGCCGCUUAAACCCGAUGCGUCCAAAUCCGUCAAGGAAAGGUCCAAACUCAAAGCCCGCGUGAGAUUUCAGUUUCUGGAACAGAAGUACGGAUAUUAUCACUGCAGAGCGUGUAAUCUACGGUGGGAGAGCGCGUACGUCUGGUGCGUCCAGGGCACAAAUAAGGUUUAUUUCAAACAGUUUUGCAGAAAAUGCCAAAAGGAAUUCAACCCGUACCGAGUUGAAGACAUAACUUGCCAUAUCUGCAACAAGGCACGAUGUUCGUGUGCGUUGACUCUGCGCCAUGUCGAUCCCAAACGACCCCACAGGCAGGAUCUGUGCGGCAGGUGCAAGGGCAAACGGCUGUCCUGCGACAGCACCUUCAGCUUCAAGUACAUCAUCUAGAACUCCUAUUGCCAACAAAGUCUGCCUCGGAUAAGUGGUGACAUUUCUUAAUUUCAUGUCAGAGUUUUGUUUUGGUUCAGGUCUUGAUGCUGUGCGCUGAAUGUUUUGAAAUAAACUACAUGGCACAUUA